AUGCCUAGUUAUGCUAAGUUUCUUAAGGACAUCCUAAAUAAGAAGAAGAAGUUAACUGAGUAUGAAACUGUAGCUCUUACUGAAGGAUGUAGUGCACUUUUGACCAACAUGAUACCUCCUAAGCUUAAAGACCCGGGAAGUUUCACUAUUCCUUGUUCUAUAGGUGGGAAAGAGAUUCGGAAAGCUUUGUGUGACUUAGGUGCUAGUAUCAACCUCAUGCCUUUAUCUGUUUUCAACACUUUAGGCAUAGGAGAGGCUAGACCUACCACGGUUACACUCCAAUUGGCAAACAAAUCCAUUGCAUACCCUAAGGGAAAGAUUGAGGAUGUUUUAGUGCAAGUUGACAAGUUCAUAUUUCUGGUAGAUUUUAUCAUCUUAGACUUUGAGGCCGAUAAGGACAUUCCUAUUAUUUUAGGGAGACCAUUUCUAGCCACCGGAAGAACUUUGAUAGAUGUCCAGAAAGGAGAGCUAACUAUGAGAUUGCAGGACCAAAAAGUCACAUUUAAUGUCUUCAACUCUCUAAAGUACCUUGAUUACUUGAAGGAGUGUUCAGGAAUAGCUGAAAUAGAGGAGAUGUGUCAUGAAGAAGGAAUUCAGGAAACCUUUAAGUUGAAAGAAGAGAGUGACGAGGUAAUAGAGGAAGAGACUGUUGCAGAAUUAGAGGCGGUAGGAUAUGAUGUUGUCAUAUUAGAUGUUGUAGCAUUUGAGCUGCUGGAAAAUGGUGAGCAGAAAGACUUCACCCCAUCAAUUGUAUCACCACCUGACUUAGAGUUGAAACAACUAUCAUCCUAUUUGAAGUAUGUUUUUUUAGGAGAAGAAGGCAAAUUGUCUGUCAACAUAUCAUCUACCCUAGAAUUGCAUCAAGAAAAAAAGUUGGUUGAUAUGUUGAAGUUGCACACAGAAGCUAUGGGAUUGAUCAUUGACGACCAAAAGGGGAUUAGUUCUUCUUUUUGUCAACAUAAAAUCAUCCCAGAUGACAAACUUCACAUCCAUAGAGCCACAAAGAAAGGUGUCUACUUUUGA